AUGUUUGUCCAUAGCUUUUCCCUUGGCCUGCAAAGUGAGAAUAUCAAGAUCGAAAUGAAGCCUUACUUGGAAAAGAAAUUUAUAAGCGAUGAAGAACUAUUCGAGAAAUUAAAUGUGUGUUUCAGUGACGAACUGGAGCGAUCACAGAAAUUCGGUUCACAGCUAACCCCCAAGGUAAAUGCUGUUCAAAAGGGAGGGGACAAGCAGGAGACAAAGAAUAAUGGGGUGGAGGAAGGUCUCAUGAAAGAACUAAGGGAGCUCAAGGCAGAAGUGGCCGCAGUCAAAGAGAGAGUUCGGGCCCCACUCCGGGCUCAAACCCCCCUCACACAACAGCCUAUGAGACAACCCCCACUGUGUAGGACCUGCCAACAAAGUGGGAAUGGAUGGCCGUGCAACCAUUGCUUCAGGUGUGGGGCGAGUGGCCAUUAUGUACGCGAGUGUAAUGCCCAAUUCAGCCGACGCUCUCCGGCAGAAUCUCAGGGAACGGCCAGAGGUCACGCCCAUGGGACAGGGUGUGACCAGGCAAGAAAAAUCAGUCCCGUUACGUGCAGUGUGGAAAACAAAGCACAGACCAUGUACCACUUAACCGCUGCGGAGCCUGUAAGAUCAAUAGAUAUUAUUCAAAAGAAUGUCAAGUAAAAUACAGAACUGUGCAUAAACCAGUUUGCAUGGCUAUACAGGAACUUGAGAAACAGAAAGCAGCCGGAGAUGAUGGCGAUGAUUUGAACACGACGUUUCCCUGCCACCUGACGCCAAGGCAGCAGCUCGGACUGACAAAAAUCGUGGGACGGAGGUGCGUGGUAAAAUGCCUAAUUCAAGGAAAGGAAGUGGAGGCAUUAUGGGAUACAGGUUCCCAGGUUUGUGUUGUGUCAAGGAAGUGGCAACAAACUCACUUACCGCUGGAGGUGUUAAGAAAUGUUGAAGAGUUGUUGGGAGCAGGAGAAGAGUUGAAUUUGGAAGCGAUGAAUGGGACAAACAUUCCAUUUGACGGUUGGAUUGAGGUCGGGUUUAAGUUGGCUGGAGAUGAUACAACUGCUCAUGAGCUGACAGUUCCAGUACUGGUGGGACAAAAGGAACAAGAGUACCCAAUCAUUGGCUUCAAUGUUAUAGAAGAAGUCCUCGCUCAACAUGGUGGAAACCACCAAGCGGCAAGUAACAUCAUUCAGCAGUCAUUCCCUUCAAUUCAUCAUACUCGCGUAGGUACCCUGAUCAAUCUGAUCCAGUCAAGAACACAGGAUACCGGUACUGCAGCUGUUAAAGUCGGAAAGAGAGAUGUUAUGCUGCCAAAAGGAGAGGCAACGACAGUUAAGUGUCAAACUCACCUCGGACCAGUUCCAGAGGGGAUGCCAGUAAUCUUUGAGCCCAAGGAAGACAGCGAGCUCCCAGACGGACUGGAAUUGGGCGAGGAACUUACUAAAAUAACCCCGGGAACCUCUAGUCACGUGGCCGUCGUGGUCCAAAACAAUACAGACAGAAACAUCUUGUUAAAGCGCAGAACAGAAUUGGGCCGGAUACACCUGGUAAAGUCAGUUCUACCAAUUCCAAUACUCCCGACUCGUACUCUCGAGGAGACGAGGAUUUUACCCUGA